GCACUCACGACCUUGCCUCUCUCACAGGACAGCUACAUCCCCUUCUGCGACGACUUCGGUCCUCUCAACCUCGGCACGGUCUACAAGUUCUGCAGGACCAUGGAGGGGCUGCUGCAGCGACCUGACUGGCUGAGACACAAGCUCAUCUACUUCUGCCCGUUGCAUCCGAGGGUGUGCACAAACGCUGCGUUCCUCCUCUCUUGCUACAUGCUCCUGUGCCGAGGAGCUUCGGCCAAGGAGGCGGUAGCUCCCUUUGCUGACAUCCAGCCACGGCCCUUCCUGCCCUACAGGGACGCGACGUUUGUGCGAUCUGACUUCGACCUGGAGUUUGAGAGCUGCGUCAAGGGGGUGGAUAAGGCGGCCAGGAACGGCUGGUUCAGCAUGAGCAAGUUCGACCUGAUCAGGUAUGACAAGCUUAGCGACCCGCUGUUCGCCGACUUGCACGAGCUCUGCCAUAAGUUCGUGGCCUUCAAGGGCCCCGUGCAGCAAGGGGAGGGCGUCUUCGAUCAUCGUCCUAACAAGUUCGUCAGCAUCUUCAAGGAGUUGCGAGUUACGGCUGUCGUUCGACUGAACGAGGUCCGCUACUCUUCCAAGAUCUUCACGGACAACGGUAUCCGCCAUUACGACCUCUUCUUCGAGGACUGCAGCGUACCUCCCCCCAACAUCAUCUCCUCCUUCUUCGACAUCUGCGACCGAGAGCGCAGGGUCGCUGUCCACUGCUUCGCCGGGCUCGGGAGGACGGGGACACUGAUCGCCCUGUGGAUGAUGCGCCACCACGGGAUGUCGGCGGACGAAGCCAUGGGCUGGCUGCGGGUUGUGCGUCCUGGUUGUGUCAUAGGAGAGCAGCAGCACUUUCUCAAGUCCUGCGAGCACAUGCAGUGGCAGGGAAACUACUGCGCGACCCCAGAGGCGAGAAAGAGCUCGUGGAGGCAGAGCAUGUGCGCGAAACAGCUCAAGGAGGCGAUGAGCAACAAAAGGAGGGCAAGGCAGCAGUGA